CCGGGCAUGAACCUGCCUGUGUCGCUGACGCUGGCGCCCAUCGAGCUGGAUGUGGACUACGAGACGGAGGUGGAGCCCUUCCUCGGGAGGCUGAUUGGAGUGGGCGGCUUCGGCAGGGUGUACGAGGCCACGUUUCGAGGUCGCAAGGUGGCGGUUAAGACCGUUGUGAUUGAGGACGAGAAGCAACGGCAGGCGCUAGCCAAAGAGGCCCAACUGACUGCUCGGUUCAGGAACUGUGAGCGGGUGGUUCAGCUGCUGGCUGCCUCCCUGGCCCCUGCCGGCAGCCAGACACCGCGGGGAGGCUCCUCAAGCAUUGCUGGGGCUGGGAGAGUAGAGCACGAGAGUAAAUACGGCGGGAUCAAUCCAGCCGCCGCCGCUCCCGUCACCCCCGCACAGCCCCCAGGCACCGCGGCAGCCCAGUCACCCACUUCCUCCAUGUCGACUGCCGCCGGCCCCGCAACCAGCAACGGCAGUGACAACGACACCUUCGCCACCGCCUCAGGUGCUGACCUGGCGGGAGCGGUCAUCGGCGCCGGUGGCGGCCACCCCGCCAACCAC